AUGUACUCGUACUCGCUCCCCGUUUAUUCCUCAACCCAGACCGCUCCUGAUCCUUUGGAGUUUCCGGAUGAUGGCGGCCAGGGCGAGGCAGCAGAGGACAUCAACUCCCAUUUCACAGCGCUCUCCUUCCAUAGACCUUCGGAUCAGCAUAUCGAUCUCAGAUACGGCAUCUGGGAGGACACAUGUCUCGCUCACCUCAAGCUCCUGCACGCCAUCCAGUCCAUGAAGGAGGAGAUUGGCUACACUGACGGACUGUGGAAUCUCUGGGACAGCCGCGGUAAAUGGGCAUUGGAUGAUCUUCGUGUGGAUGCCGAUUGGUCUACCAUUCGGAUGCUCGAAAGGGCGGACUCGGCGACUGUGACGAAGGCUGGGCAUAGCAGAUUGCGCGAGAAGAGAUGGGCGCUGUUUGUCGCACGUGCUGUUGAUCGAUACGAGACGUGGUGGCAUACGCUUGCGGAGACGGAGAUGCUGACGGAGCAGGAUAUGGCGACGCCUGAUCACCCCAAGUAUAAGAAGUUUCCCAGUGGUCAUAAGCUGAGAUGGAAAGAAAAGAUGAUGCCGCCUUUAGACGUCCUCAUGAUCCUACACACACAUAUGCUCAACCCGCGAGCUUUCCUUGAAGACACCAUGCGCCACGGACUGGGCUCUUUUUGGCCGGCUGGCAUGCCGUGGGAGUUGAUACACAAGGCUAUUGACGCCGACUUCAACUACAAUGUGUCUGAUCAAGCCAAGAUCCAGUGGGUUGCCAAGACGGGGCACCGCUGGCGGAAUCAGGACGACGACAUAACCAAAAUACUCAAGUGUCCCUUUUGCCCAAGCAAGAAUGAGGUUCCAUGGACGACAUGCGGGAUGAAGAAGAAUGUGACAGACAUUGAAUUCACAGGCCUCAUCGGCAAUGGAUACGGUGAUGGAAACUUCAACCACAGGUGUCCUGCGUGCGGAAACGAAAACUACAAAGAGCUCCUAUCAGUGUCGAAGUUCGUCUCCGACACAUCUCUUCUGCUAGCUCGAUCCGUGCCGAUGCCGGGGACAAUACUUGACCCCGGGUCUGGUCGUCCUGAACUUGUGCCCGAAGGCAGCGCAGGCGAAAGAUAUUUCAGGACGUUUCCCAAUCGCAUGAUCAAAUUGGAGCUGCGGAGCUCAGUGCUUGAGUUAAUCAAACCGCCUCUGGAGCCAUCAGAACAGUCUGAAAAGGACAUGAUACGGAACACUAUAACCAGCGUUAGAAAGAUCCGCAGCAUCGAUUCAGACAAAGGCCUUUUUGGGCGCCACCAGAUACACACCUGGGCCGGCAUAACCAUUCGCAAGAUGAUGAGCCGGUACUGGCAGAAUUUUUCCCCCUUUGCGCUCGACCUCUGCGCAGCGGUGAUGCGACAGGGCGUCUUUAUCGAAAAGAUGGUCAACAUCGAUUGGCUGCAUAGUCCGACAGCGAGGGACACUAUGACACGGCUUAUUGUCAAAUACGACCGGUUCGUCCAGAUCAUGCAGAAGCAUCCGGGCAAGGUGGUGGUGCCAACGCUUGAUGUCGAUUUGGCGUGGCAUACGCACCAGCUUACUCCUUCGCACUAUUACUAUUACACGGUGUCGAAAACGGGUCGGUUUGCUGAUCACGACGAUAAAAUUGACGAGGAUAAGCUUAGUCGCUGCUUUGAGUGGACGACCAAGGCAUAUCAGGACAUGUUUGGGGCUGUGUACAGCGAGUGCACAUGCUGGUAUUGCGAGACCAUUCGCUCCUCGCAAAUAUCGGGCAUAGGCAGACUCCUCGGUCUUUCGUCAAACGACAAGCUAUCAGAAGCCUUUCACAAGUCUAAGGCGACCGAGGUGUGUCUGCCAGACAAGUCUGCUCACAUCUCCUUCCACAACGCCGUCAAGACGAUCGAAACAGCAGAUCGGAAGAAAGUCACUGCAAGAGCGCGAGCCCGACAGCGCCAGUGGUUUGAACAAGAGUAUCAGAAAGCGGCCAAGAGGUCGGAGCGAAAGGGUCGCCCGAUGCCAGCCAAGGAAGAGUACUUCAAUAACUGGGGCGCUCAGUAUACCAUGUAUGGCCCGUACCCUUUCCCGCCAUGGUUUGCUCCUGGGAUGUACUAUGGCUGGGAUCCGUCGACUGUCCACAACGGCCCAGGCGCGUGGGCAAACUGCGCUGGAGGAUCGUGCGGUAACGGAGGCAUAGCUGCUGGUUCCUGCGGAGGUGCUGGAGGAUGCAAUAAUGGCAACGGAGGGACAUGCGGAUCGAGCGGUGCUGGAUGUGGUGGAAAUGGUGCAGGAGGAGGAGGGGGCGGAGGUGGAGGGGGAUGUGGAGGGGGAGCUGGUUGCGGUAAGUGA